AUGGCCACUGAACAAAUUUCACAGACAAACCUGUCCACUAUGGAUAAAAUAGCCCUGGGCCUUGGAAUACCAGCAGGUGUAACUGUGGCCUAUAUUCUAUACCGCCGAUACAGGGAAAGCCGAGCAGAGCAAUUGACACAUGUUGGAAAAGAUGAUGUUCAUAUGGAAAUGAGAGUGCCCCAGGAGGCUGUGAGGCUGAUCAUUGGUCGGCAAGGAGCCAAUAUUAAACGGCUGCGGAAACAGACAGGCGCUCGCAUUGACUUGGACUUGGACUUGGACGAUGAGGGUGAUGAGCGUGUGGUGUUGCUGAGCGGCUCACCUGUUGAGGUGUGCAAAGCCAAAGCAGCAAUCGAUCAGAUCCUGACAGAGAACAUCCUGGUAUCUGAGGAGCUCUGCGUCCCCCAGCGAUCCGUGGGCAGAAUCAUUGGGAGAGGUGGCAAGACGAUUCGUUCUAUCUGUAAGGCUUCUGGAGCCAAAAUUACGUGCGAUAAAGAAUCAGAGGGGUCGUUACUACUGUCAAGACUCAUAAAAAUCUCGGGGACACAGAAGGAAGUGGAAGCUGCAAAGCAUCUGAUAAUGGAGAAAGUGUUAGAAGAACUUCGAAACAGGAUUACCCUUUCUAUUGUUCCACGAAAGCAGCCUAUCUGUGUUAGAGGAGAGGAAGUCAUAGAGCCAGGAGGGGCUGGCAAAGCAGCCUUAUUACACCUGGAGGUUCCUGUCAGCAAAGGUGGUGGCGAUAUGGUUGCUGCAGCACCAGAAGAAGGUUCCUGGCAGACACCUAAUGACGGCCUUCAGAAUUCUGGUGUCCACAACUAUCCAGAGACAUCCGUGUUUGAAGUUGCCAGUGCCGACUUCAUUUUCCGGGCCGAUGAGUUCCUAGACGUCUUCGUUUCUGCUUCUGAAAACCCUAACCGCCUCUGGAUCCAAAUCAUUAGCUCGCACAGCCCCCAUUUUCAAAAACUUAUCAUUGAGAUGACCCAGCACUAUGAAAGUAGUCUGCCUGAAGACUUGAGUGUGAACGUAGGAGACUUUGUAGCAGCACGUUACUCUGUAGAUGGUUGCUGGUAUCGAGCCAAGAUUCUUAGUACCCUGGAAAAUGGGCACUUGGACCUAUAUUUUGUUGACUUUGGAAAUAAUAGGAACUGCCCAGUGGAGGAUCUGAGGGCUCUCAAGAUGGACUUCCUGAUCCUUCCUUUUCAAGCAAUAGAAUGCAGUCUGGCACGGAUUGGCCCCUCAGGUGAACAGUGGGAAGAGGAAGCUCUUGAUGAGUUUGAAAGACUCACUGCCUGUGGUGCCUGGAAGCCAUUGGUGGCCAAGUUCUCUGGCGAUGUCCAUAAUGGAAAGUCAACUUGGCCAGAAAUCUAUUUGUAUGAUACCAGCAAUGGGCAGGAACUUGAUAUUGGGUUAGAAUUAGUUCGUAAAGGAUAUGCAGUCGAACUUCCAGAAGAUGUGGAAGAAGAUGGAACUUUCCCAUAUACGUUGAGGAUGGACAUGAUGGACAUGAUGGACGUGAUGGACAUGGCAGAGGAGGCAGAUUCUUCUUUUUCCAGCAUAGUCAGUGAGACCAGAAUGAUGAUCCCUGAAGAGUUACCUCGUGCCUAUUCCUGCCUCAGCUUAACAAAAGCCGAAGUGUUCAGAAGAAGAUGUAGAAGAGUCGCAUCAAUAUAAAGGCCUCAUGGGGGAAGGGAGUGCUGAGGAUACUGAAGAGAGUUCCAUUGUAGUAUUCCUUCAGGUAUUUGCUUAUGAACUUUCUUGUAAAUGCAAGUAGAAGAAACGUAGAGACAACUUAGGACAUGUUAAAUUAACAGUAUGUCUGUAUACACACAUCUAGAGAAAUAAAGAAUGUACUUCUGCUUGGAAAAAAAAUUGUAUGUAGCAUUUCACUUCAACUACAUGAACAGAAAUCUCUUCCAAGGAUUCCAAAGAAGUCAAAGGAAUAGCGCUUCCGUGGCUCAAUAUUUACUUGAUAAUUUCCUAUCAGUCAA